CCCACCCCCCCCCCCCCCCCCCCCACAAAUUUGCUGUGCAUUUGCUGAUUUUGCUGAGUUCAUCACACCAUUGAUUUCUUGGAAUUUGGCUCUGAUUCGAUUGAACGCUUCGAAGCUCAAUUCAUUCAUCAUAUUUUGUCAAAAGAUCAGAUAGUAUCUCUUGCAUCAUAGGGGGUGACCCAAUGAACUUGGGAAGACAUUUUGGAGAGAACUUUCAACCUUUGGAUGUUGGAUUAUCAAGAUUUGUCUUUGUCUCAAGUAACCAUGGAAAGUGAUGAAACAAGCAAGCCUCCUUCAGAUGACAUCAGUAGUCGGCCUUUGCAUGGGAGGACGAGUGGUCCUAAGAGACGUUCCGUAAAGUGGACUCCCGAGGAGGAUGAAAUCUUGCGCCAAGCUGUCCAACAGUUUAAGGGGAAAAGCUGGAAAAAGAUUGCGGAAUGUUUUAAAGACCGGACAGAUGUUCAAUGCUUGCACAGGUGGCAGAAAGUUCUUGAUCCCGAACUUGUGAAAGGUUCAUGGUCUAAGGAGGAAGAUGAUAAGCUAAUCGAAUUAGUGAACAUACAUGGCCCCAAAAAAUGGUCCAAUAUUGCACAAGAGUUAGCAGGACGUAUUGGAAAGCAAUGUCGGGAGAGAUGGCAUAAUCAUUUGAAUCCUGAAAUAAAGAAAGAAGCUUGGACAGAAGAGGAGGAGUUGACUCUAGUUCGUGCCCACCAAGCUUAUGGAAACAAGUGGGCAGAGAUAUCAAAAUAUUUGCCUGGAAGGUCAGACAAUGCAAUAAAAAAUCACUGGCAUAGUUCUGUCAAAAAGAAACUGGCGUCAGGUUUACUUGCACAGUCCCCUGCUCUGCCUAAUGUCAAUCAUCAGAACCAAUCAACCGCUUCUUCUUCUAUGAAGUUGCAAGAAACUAGUGAAGAUGAAAGUGUUCACAAAGAAGGAGCGGAAGUGGAGGAAGUUACAGAAUGCAGUCAAGGUUCGACUCUUGCUGGCUGUCCCCAGUCUACAAGUGACUUGGGCAACACAUUUAUGCAUAUAAGAGAGAAUGAUGCAAUGUUGGAGGAAUCAAUCCAUAAAAAGGACGCAAGCUCCGGUGCAGCACCAUGUCCUAGGAACAGUGCCUCAGCUUUUCAAGAUGUCUCUUGUUCAAUGCUAAAUGUUCCCAGUGAUCUUGUGGAUUCCAAGUUCCUCGAGUACAUGUUCUCACAUGAUGGGGACAAUUCCACAGAGAGAGAUUGGCAGUUUAAUAUGGAUGACUUUCCAGGGUUUAUUGAGGAAUCUUCAGGACAUUACAUGCACUGUUCGAAUGACAAUGAAAACCAUGCUAUGGUAGCCGAUCCAUUGCAAACUGCAAUGGGAUCUGGAGCAACUUCUAAUGCAGCGAACAUGGUUGAGGGUCCAUAUAAGCCCAAUGAAAUGUUUGAUGGUUGCAGGAUCGUGUAUCCUGAGGCAGCAAUUUCUCAAUGCUCUCCGUCCGAAACUGGGGUUAAUGGCACUGGUGAACCUGCAGAUUGUUUAAUUUACCAAUCAUCAAACUAUCAGAUCCCUGAAGAAGGAAAUAUGGCUCCACCAAACUGCAACGCUUUAAGUUUUGAUGACGUUGAAGCUUCAACACAUCAGCAAUUUUCUGUUCCUUCGCACUUUUCUUCUGAGGAUAGAUCACUUGUGUUUGGUAUUGCUUCAGAUCAGUUCCAUUAUCCUCCGCUUGAGAACUCAGUUCUAGAGUCCUUCACCAGUAGAUGUGAUGAUUUUAUAUGUCCAAGUGAGUUUGGCAGUCCUUCCAAUGACAAUGGCAUAGACAAUGCCGUCCUGAAAGAUCUACCUGAUCAUACAAAAGAUUCCUCAAGGCUAGAAGAGCAGAAAGAUGGAGGAGCUCUAUGCUAUGAGCCUCCUCGCUUUCCAAGCUUGGAUGUACCCUUCUUGUACUGUGAUCUUAUACAAUCUGGUUCAAAUACACAGCAAGAGUACAGCCCUCUUGGCAUCCGCCACUUGAUGAUGAGUCCUGCGAACUGCCUUACUCCAUUAAGGUUGUGGAAUUCACCUUCAGGAGAUGAUAGUCCCAAUGCUAUCUUGAAAAGUGCUGCCAAAACUUUCACUGGGACACCUUCUAUAGUAAAGAAGAGACAGCGUCACUUGGUGUCUCCUCUAUCAGAAAAGAGAUGUGAGAAAAAACUUGAAAGUGAUCUAAAUCAGGAAUCAUUCUCUAAUAUGGCUACAGAACUUUCCCGAGUAGGUGAUAUGUUUAAUGAGCCGGCUAAUGAAAAACCGUCUACUGAAGACAAAGAAAAUCUACAUCCAUCCUCAGAAGAUGGAAGAAAGGAGCAGGGUGAUGGAGUAACUGGACUUUCUUGCAUUGAAAAUUCAGAGAGGCAAUUAGAUGGUGGUGGUGCUCACUACCAUAAAGAUCCCAACAGUGAAAGUGCUGGAGCCAAUGAUGCACUUGGAAAGGUAAAACAGCCUCCUGGAGUUCUGGUUGAGCGUAGCUCAAAUGAUAUGCUCGUCUCUCCUGAUCGUUUUUUGAUCAAGUGUGAUAGAGCUACAAGUCUAAGUAAUAAAGCUUUAGAUAACCAGUACGCUGGACAGCUUGAAGCUGCAUCAAAUCAAGUUAAUGUUUCAUCCUCGUUUGAGACUUCAUUCUUGUCUGUUUUUUGCUCUCCUGACAUACUUGGGAAGUGUCGAAGCAGUGUUGUCAAAGCUACAUCAAUGCAAUCUACUACAUCAACUGCAUUGGUGAAUACAGCCGAAAAUUCUGAAAAAGGAUUUGGUGCUGAGACUUCAAACAUAUUUGGAGAGGCGCCUCUUAAAAGGAGUACUGAAUCUCCUUCAGCAUGGAAAUCGCCAUGGUCCUUGAACUCUUUUCUGCCCAGCCCAAGAUAUGACACAGAACUUACAUUUGAGGAUUUUGCACCUUUUAUGAGCCCAGGUGAAAGAAGCUAUGAUGCUAUUGGGUUAAUGAAGCAAUUAAGUGAGCAGACUGCACCUUCAAUUGCGGAUGCCCGUCAGAUCUUGGGAAGUGAAACUCCAGAAACAAUUCUGUCGAAGAGAACCAAGCAACAGAAAGCAGAUGAAGAUUGUGCCCUUCUGGCUUCAAAUGCAAUGAGUGAGAGACGCACGCUUGAUUUCAGCGAAUGUGUAACACCGCCGAGAAAGGGCAAAGAGACUACCAAAUUUGGCAGCGUUUCAAGUCCUUCCUCCUACCUGUUGAAAUGUUGCAGAUAGGCGAUAAGCGAGUCAUUUUAGGAUAGAGCUUUUCUAACCUCAAAGGUACUUGUUUGUUGGUUAUGUAAAAAGGGGAGAAUAGAAAGCUGUGUAGAGGUUCUUUUGGGUGAGAUUAUGAGCUUUUGUAGUUCACAUAUUGGGCAAAGUCGUCUAGAUCGACUAAGAUUGAGUUAUUAAUUCAACUUGUUUGGUACUGAAGCGUAGUUGGUUAUGUCUCCGGUAUGUUGAAACAACUACAAAAAGACAAGAUGUUCGAACUCAUCGAAUGCAUAUUUGCAUCAAACGAAUGAAUGCAAGACAUAUUUUGAACUCCA